CUUCUUUCUUUUGUAGCCGUCUCUGUCAACGUCGUAGCUAGAGGAGACAACAGGGUGGACUUCAAUGGCGACGCAUCAUAUGCCUGCACCCUUGCGGACCCGACAGGUGUGCUGCAAGUUACCUGGCAGAGGCUGUUCAAAGACGACUCGGUGGAGAAUCUGGCCACCUACAGCAAGCGGUUUGGAGCUCAAAUCAUAGACCCGCACCGAGACAAGGUGGUUUUCACUGAGGCAUCUCUCGAUUCGACGUCUAUUACCGUGAAGAAUGUAACAUGGGCGGACGAAGCCUGCUAUAUUUGCUCCUUCAACGUUUACCCGAGUGGAUCAAGACGCAAGCAGACUUGUCUUACCGUUCAAGGAGUAUCUGAAGUGAGAGCCACAAUGCAAAAAGUCCCCAGCACUGAACCUAAAGCAGACAUGGAAGUUGUGGUCAGCUGCUCUGCCACGGGUAAACCAGCACCUUGGAUCCAAUGGAACAUUUCCGCAGCGGCACUCAUAAAGACGCCUAACAACUGGACUGUCGUUAACAAAGACCAAACUGUCACAGCCAUUAGCAACAUCACCCUCCAACUGUUGCCAGGUUCAGGGGGAUACGUGGACUGUAUGGUAAACAAUGGGACGAGGACACAGAGACACGAGAGAGUUCUGCUUCCUGUUCUCCCUGGAGAGAGGAAGGUUGAAGAGGAUGACAAGAGGACAUCCCCGUGGGCGGUUGGCAUUCCAGUUAUCCUAAUCAUUUCCUUUUUAGUAAUCUGCGGCAGUGUCAUGCUUCAAAAGAAAAAAGGUUACAGGCUAGCAGCAUUGGCAACCACAGCAGACGAGCAGGACCCAGUUGGGGGAAAGUGUGUAAAUGUUUGUCUGUGUUGAUUACUAUACUUAUGUACUUUACCUGACAGAGGUUUUUAUUGAGCAUCGGAGCACUGUUGGUAAUUACAGUCCGGUUGCAGAAGAGCCCAGUUCCUCAAGAGAUGAGAUCCACUAACACGUCUAAUAUGGCUCAACCAGACUACUAAUCCAUCUUUAGAAUAUUACAGUAUAUUCAAAUUGUAUGACAAAGGUCAUAUUAAAUGCAUGGCGACUAGCAAGAUGCAGUACUACUAUUCAUGAAUGAGGAUGAGACCAUAAGGGAGUCUUGGGAGCAUGAACAGUGGCGGACCUUCCUGUUCUUUCUAAUUAUUCUUCAUUAGCCCAGCUCCUACGUUUUGAAGGAUGUGGCUAUGACAAACAUUUCUAAUGAGACAGUCAGACAGGUAGAUGCAACGUAUACUAGAUAUAUUGAACCUUUUUGAGUUGACAGUGUCAAAUUUCUUCCCCAGUCAUAUGUAAGCUAAUUUACACCAGCGCAAUACAUUACAUCAUGUCGCUAAUACUUUUUGUUUUGAAAUUGCACUUUAGUUUUGAGAGAGGAGUUUUGUCAGUGAGGAUAUACAAUAUAAUCUAUUAGAACACAGCACCACCUACCGUUUACUUUAUGACACACCAGGAAGAAGAGGGGGGGGGGGGGUAUAUUUGUCUGUGUUAGGCUUCUAUUUAAUUUAACUUGAAUCCAUUUCGAGAUGAUAGCACUUGUGUUAAUGUAAGGUUUAUGCUGUUAUUAUUACAUCCUCUACCUAUAGUAAUAUAGAUACAUUAAUGUUUUACCUCCUUUGUUAUAUCAAUGCAAUGUAUGAAUGUAUUUGAGCACUGAAAAUGUAAUGGUGAUGAUGACAAUGUUUGCACUUUGAUUGUUUGAUAUACUGUACCUUGUUCACUAGAUUUAAGUGUAUCACAUUUUAGUACCUGUUUGAAUUUAUUUUGAUCAUGGAUGUUGCUUGUUGUGUUUGACCUCACUUGAUUUGACACUGUUUAUAAAUCAGGCUAUUAUUCUCGCUUGAUCUGUACAAUGUUUUAGAUUGUUUAAGAUUCAAAAGCAUUCUUUAAAUGUAUUGUGUUCUCCCCUAUAAAACUAUACGCUGUAUUUAAAAAAUCACAAACUGCCCAUUGUCACCUUGUUUACAGUAACAUCACCAUUUAAAUCAGGGUUAGGUUGUUAUAGGUCUGCACCAGGCUCACUUGGCGGUGUGUGUAAUAUUUUGAGAAGAGUUCAUCUAAUUAACCUUCUCAACUAAAACUGGUAAAACACCAGCAGAGUUUACUUUUACUGGAUGGGGAGGGACUUCUGCCAAAAAGGUCGGUAUGUGAUAGGUCCAUUCGAAUCAGGAGGGAAAUUCACAAUUCUUCCUAAGAACUCACAUUUUCACCAUGGCUCCUGCACUCCACAACUAUCUGUUUAUUUAGCUAAUAGUCCUCC